AUGUUAUCUUUCUUUUUCUCUUUAUCUCGGUCAGCAUGCGAUUUAUCGAUAAGCCCAGAUGCAGGACCGAUUCUUGGAUGCUAUUGUCCUUCAAAAGGCAAAACAAUAUGUGUUAAUUCAACAAAACCUCAGUAUUUUCUGGUUUUCAACAAAUUAAAUAACAGAACAGUGAUAAAACACUAUCACGCAUAUAACAAAGACGAUGAAUCAUACUUUGACUAUGAGGCUCUUCAGUCAUCUUUAUUAUACGCGAUUAGAACAAAAUCUCUCAAAAACUCUUUUGAUUUCACAAUACUUGAAGAUUCAUGUCAAUGCAUUUCAACAUUUUCGAGCGAACAGUGUCCAGAUGGAGUGCUUUUAUUAAAUGGAAAUACUCAAUACAUUGAUUUGCCGUCAUCUUAUUAUACAUACUUCGAUAUUUCGUAUACAGUUAAGAAAUGCAUAUUCAUAUCUGAUCCUAAACCUUUUUCAAUACAAGGCGCUUUCCAAUCCAUAAAUCCAAAUGAUCAAAUUUGCAUUCAUCAAAAUGGUAAAAUGGAUUGUUACAAAUCAUUGCAGCCGUUCAAUUAUAGCAAUACCAUAAAUAAUUUAACUGCUUUGAUUCAAUUUAAUUUUGAAAAUCUUGAUUCCAGUCGAUCUUUUCAAUUAUACAUCAACGGAACCUCCGAACCUAAAUCGAUUUACUACGGUGUAAUGGAUACUGAUCCAUUUACUCCAAUUCCUCUCCCAACGCAAUAUAUUUACGUUGAAAAACUGUCACUAACACCUCUUAUUGCCCUUAGUACGUCAGUUGUAUUCUUCAUGAUAUCCUGCGCUAUUUUAUUAAGGGCAAACAUGUGUUUUGGAAAAUGUACAGGAAAUGACAGUUUAGUUGACGGUAUGGCUAAGAUGCCAAGUGAGCUCAUUAGAAGUCAACAAUAG